AUGAAUCCCAGCAGUACUACUCCUGGAUACACGGAGGACGAAUGUGCCGAAGAAGAAAAUAGUAAUGAAAUUCGGCCUAUGAACCCCAGCAGUACUACUCCUGGAUGCAUGCGGAAAGGUUCUACUCAUGGAAGCGUUAUAAAUGAAAUAUACCCUACGUGGCCUACAGUAAAUACGCCUGGUUACAUGGAGAAGGGUUCUACCCGGACAAAGUUUGUACAUAAAAUUACUACUACUACAACGCGGUCUAUGACAACUACUCCUGGAUUCGACGAAAGCGGUUAUAGUCAAGGAAAAAACAGGCCGCUCGGGAAGAUUAUGGUGUCUUUCACUGGAUGGCCAGGGUACGGAGGAAGAGGUUUCGGUAGAGGAAAUAAUGCAGGAGACAAACCGCGCAUGACGCCUUUAGUAUCUUCCCUAGAAUGGCCAGGAUACGGAGGAGGAGGUUGUAGUCAAGGGAUAAACGGCCUGCUCAUCAGUUUGGGAGGAAGAGGUUGUGGUCAGGAGAAUAACAGGCCACUCUUAAGGCUUCCAGUGUCUAUUCCUGGAUUUUCUGGAUUUGGAGCAUGUGGUAUUUACGAACGCAAGAAGGCUUUCGAUGAUUACGACACCGAAAUAUUGCCUACGCAUCCUGGCGGAACUACUCCUGGAUACACGGAAGACAGAACACACAAUGGCAGAUAUGACCAAGGAAGAGACGGUCAUGAAAUUCUGCCCUCCUAUUCCAGCGGAACUACUCCUGGAUACACGAAAGACAGAACCCACAAUGGCAGGUAUAACCAGGGAGGAACCGAUAAUGAAAUUCCGCCUAGGUAUCCCAGCGGAUCUACACCUGGAUACGUGCCGAAAGGUGGCCUCAAAGGAGGUAAUGGAUGGUCUGGAUACGGAGGAAGAGGUUACGGUCGAGGAAAAUACAGGCCGCUCACGAGGCCUUCAGGCUCUCUUUCUACAUUCUCUGGAUUUGGAGGAAGUGGCUUUACUCGAGAAAUGACAAUACACGGGGGUGGACACUUUGAUGAAAUCGAUCGUCUUAUGAAGAAAACGCUUGGGAUGAUGCUUGAUACCCUGAAUUUCGGACACUCAUCUCAAUUUCGACGUCCUUUUGGGCACUGGUGA